CACAGCAGGUGGUUUGAAUGUCUCACGGUGUCUCUGGUGGUCCUUUUGUCUUUGCAGAUGAUUCUGCAGACGUUGGGGAAGAGGACAGCUUCUUGGGUCAGACUUCUGCCAGCCCCAACCCACCACAGACUUUCAACUAUUUCUCUCAAGUGCCCAGCAGCAGUGAUCCCUUUGGAAGUAUUGGGCAGCCACCCUUGACAACUGCUGCAACACCUGUGGGAGCACCAGCCUUCUCCAGGCCUCCAACUUCACCUCCACUCGUGUCUGGGUCACAGGAUGGGCAAAAUGCCUUUUCACCUCAUAUUCCCAAUUCCCAGUCCUACAGUGCCCCACCCACCUCCCAGGUGGGAAUCCCACCGUACCAGAGCCCUCAGCAGAGCUGUCCCCCACCCACCAGUGCUCCAGGACUUCCCCCAGGAACACCUCAGCAGGGCUACAACCCCUACAGACACACCACCCUGAGCAGCAGAGCCAACCCCUACCUCACCCCGCCCCAGCUGCAGCAGAGCCAUGCCCCUGCCCACACCCCCUCCUCUGUGCCACCCAUGCAGAUGUACCAGACACCUCCGGGGCCUCUGACACAGUUUCCACAGUCCCAGCUCCAGGCUGCCAGGCCUGCAGGUCCCCUGGUCCCAGCCCCUCCUGUCUUGCUGCACAACCAGUAUGAGCCAGUUCAGCCACACUGGUUCUACUGUAAGGAGGUGGAGGACAAGCAGAUAUGGAUGCCAUUCAGCCUUCUGGAUUCUGCAAAACUGGAGGAAGUCUAUAAUUCUGCUGCAGAAUAUAAAAGGGCUGUGACUACAAAUCAAUGGCACCGGCGACUUGAGUUCCCAAAUGGGGAGACCAUUGUUAUGCACAAUCCCAAGGUCAUAGUUCAGUUCCAGCCUGCUGCCACACCAGAUGAAUGGGGCACUUCUCAGGAUGGUCAGGCAAGACCAAGGCUGGUAAAACGUGGAAUUGAGGAUGACCAUGAUGAGAUUCCUGAUGGAGAAAUGUCCCAAAUUGACCAUCUGGUAUUUAUGGUUCAUGGCAUAGGUCCUGUAUGUGACUUGAGGUUUAGAAGCAUUGUUGAAUGUGUGGAUGAUUUUCGGACUGUUUCUCUGAAGUUGCUGCAGACUCACUUUAAGAAGGGUUUGGAGGAAGGUAAAGUGAGCAGGGUGGAAUUCCUUCCAGUUCACUGGCACAGUUCUCUGCAUGGAGAUGCAACAGGUGUAGACAGGAACAUAAAGAAAAUCACUCUGCCGAGCAUCGGGCGCCUGCGGCACUUCACCAACGAAACGCUGCUCGACAUCCUGUUCUACAACAGCCCCACCUACUGCCAGACCAUCGUGGAUAAAGUCGGCCUGGAAAUGAACCGGCUGUACGCGCUCUUCAUGAGCCGCAACCCCGACUUCAAAGGAGGAGUCUCUGUGGCUGGGCACAGCCUAGGUUCCUUAAUUCUCUUUGACAUAUUGUCUAACCAGAAGGACUUGGCUUCAUCAGUGAAUUCUGGGCCCUUCUCUGCUGUUAAUGGGACUGUAAAGGAUGUGGCUGUUCAUGAUAAACAGAUGACUGAAGAUAGCAGUUCCUUGGGCUCCUCAAUUGCCACAUCUGGUGAUGACCUUUGUGAGCCUGAGCUGGAUGAGGAUGCUGCCACUUUGCAGAAGACUCUGGAGAUGCUGAGUUUGUCGGAGUAUGUGAGCACGUUUGAGAAGGAGCGGAUGGACAUGGAGUCUCUGCUCAUGUGUACAGUUGAUGACCUGAAGGAAAUGGGAAUACCUCUUGGACCAAGAAAGAAAAUAGCUAAUUUUGUGAAAGACAGAGCAGCCAAGCAGGAACAGAAGAAAGCAAUAGCAGAAAAGAAAGCAGUGCUGGCUGCCACACUCCAAACUCAGGAAGACACCCAGAAAGCAAAAGAGUCAGUUCCUUCUGUCUCCUCUCCAGAGGCUGGUCAGCACUCAAAGAGGAAACUCCCAGUUGGUGCAUCCGUGUCUUCUGUCAACAUUGACUACGAGUACUUUGAAGUAGGAACUGGCCAGGUUUCUGUGGUUUACAGUGCAUUGGACUUUGAACCAGAUAUUUUCUUUGCUCUGGGUUCUCCCAUUGGUGUGUUCCUCACUGUGAGGGGGGUGGAGAAGAUUGAUGAAAACUACAGGCUUCCUACCUGCAAGGGAUUCUUCAAUAUCUAUCACCCACUUGAUCCAGUAGCUUACAGGUUAGAACCAAUGAUCAUUGAAGACAUGGAUUUAAAACCAGUUCUCAUUCCACAUCAUAAAGGCAGAAAAAGACUUCAUCUGGAGCUGAAAGACUCUCUGUCUCGUAUGGGCUCUGAUCUGAAACAGGGCUUUAUCAGCUCUUUGAAGAGUGCAUGGCAGACCCUGAAUGAAUUUGCCCGUGCCCACACAUCUUCAACUCAGCUGCAAGCAGAGCUGGAGAAAGUAGCCAACCAAAUAAAAGAGGAAGAAGAAAAGCAAGUAGUAGAAGCUGAGAAGAUCACUGAAAGUCCAGAGCCUCCAAAAGAUGAAGAUUCCUCAGUGAAGGUGGGAAUGCUGAAUGGGGGACGUCGGAUUGAUUAUGUGCUCCAAGAGAAGCCAAUAGAAAGCUUCAAUGAAUACCUCUUUGCUUUGCAGAGUCAUUUGUGCUACUGGGGUUCUGAAGACACUGCCUUGCUGUUCCUCAAAGAGAUAUACAGGACUAUGAAUAUCAAUCCUGAGCAGCCACAGCAUUGAUGUCUAGAAACAGGAAUUUCCACACCUGUUGCUCCCACAGACCUGGUGAAAAACUCUUUGGAAAACAUCUGGUAUUUUCAUAUUUACACAUGACAGGAUAAGCAUCAGACUUCUUUUUUUCUGCCAGUGCAGAACUUGCUCUGAUUCUACCUUCUUGUGUCACUUCAAGCAAACUUAAAUUCCGAGGUGCUCAGCACUGUCCAUCAGGAGAUGGAUGGAAUGACACAGUUCUGAUCCUAAAUCAGUUUAAUUGUACAGUUGCCAAGUAUAAGGUGAUCAGUGAAGAAGUUUAUUUUGGCAUGCAAAUCAUUACUUCUCCUUCAGCUCUCCUGUCUCAGCUGGCUGUCAGACAUGCUCUGCCUACUAAGGCAGCUUGUCCUCAUUAAAAAGGACUUGGUGGAACAGCAAUAAUCUGUUUUUCUUGACAUGUUCGUUCGUCCACCUUCAAACUAUAAAAUGUGAGCUGUAGUUAUAACCAUCUUUAUUACAGAUUACACAAUCCAGUUCAUAUUUACUAACAAUUAGCAACCAGAAUCAUUUUCUUACUAUUGUAAGUGUGAUGGAGAUUAUUUUAUAAAGACCUUUUUAAGCCUCUGUUAAGAGUUUUACUGUUGCUUUUUUUUUUUAUAAGUAAAAAUGAACUUUUGACUUUGAAAAUGUUAGAAGUUUGUUACAACUAGUUCAGUGUUCACAUAUCCUGAAAUGAAGAACAAUUUAAAAUAACAUUUUGAUCUGGUAAUUACAGAAUUAGAGACUGUUCUGAGUUAAUUAAGGCAAUUUUAGUGAAACCAGACUGCAGUUGGGAGAAUUAAAAUACUUACCUUGAUCUUGCAGUCCCACAUCUCAAGACAGUCAAUGUAAAUAGGAUCCUGAAGCUUAGGGGUGCUGGAUAAUAAUCUGGAUCCAGACCUGCAAUCCAGGCUCCAUUUUUUGUACCAAAGUUGAAAUGAAUUGGGUGGUGUGAAAUCCUUGGAAUUCAUGUCUCGGAAUACUGAGCUGCUGUACCUUUCCUUGGGCUCCAAGUUACAUACACAUUGUGGCUUUUCUUAAUAUUGGUGAUUUAACCUUACUACUGACUCUUUGCCUCUGUUAUUGCAGUAAAUGAAUUCUGAAAUGCA